AUGGUUCAAUUGUUGGUAGUGACUGAUAUGAGAACACGUGUUAGGAUAUUAGGUUUAGAUCAAGUUCCAGUGGUUGGUGUGGGCCUGGAGAUAGAGAGCGUAUUUGCUAUAAUGGAGCAGCAUUGGAAGGACCUGAACCAGAUACUUCUCUUGAAGCAUAAAGGUGAGAAAAUAUGUGGGGCCUUUAGGCUGGCAGUGUUCUCAUAUGAUCAAUUACUUGGAGGUCAGCAUCAUGGAUGUGCUGGCAUGGAAAAUGAAAGUGGAGAAGGAUGGUCAAUGGGUCUGGGAAAUGAGAUUCUUGAGAGCGUUGAACAUGUGCAAAACGAAAUAGGGGCAGAAGACACAACACUGACACCGGAGGACGAUAAUAUUGAGGACUUGCAUGACAUUUUGGGUUCCGAUGAAGAUGGCAUUUAUACAGACGAGGCAAGAGACAUGGAUGAUUCAGAUGAGUCAGAUUGUGGAAAUUCCGAAUACAGUUUGGAGGGCAAUAAUCGUGUAGAAAAAACUGUGUCAGAGUCAGAUGAAAAUAAUGUUGAUGGUGAGGAUGAGCAAAGCCAAGAAGGUUCAGAGGAACUUGUACCAAUUGACUGCAAGGAAGAUUACAUGCAGUUAGAUUUGGGUUCUGCAGGCCCUGCUGAAGUUAUGAAUUUUCAUUUUGCAAAUGUGGAGGUUGCUUAUGACUUCUACCACUGGUACGGAAGAAUUAAUGGGUUUUCAGCGCGUAGAGGAACAAUACGCAGGAACACAAAAGGUGAACAUGUUCAACAAACCUUUUUGUGCCACAGACAGGGUUUUCGAGAAGACAGAGGGAUCCCUGAUGAGAUGCGAAUGAGACAGCGUAAAACUGAUUCUAGAUGUGGGUGCCAAGCAAAAUUUCGGGUUCACAUUGAUACUAUCUCACAGCGAUGGUAUGUCACUUGUUUUGAUGAUGCACAUAACCAUGAUUUGGUUCCUAAACAGCAGGGUGGCAUAUUAGCUGGCCAUAGGAAAAUGACUGAAGCAGAUAUUAUGUCGAUGAACUCGUUCAUGAAGUGCGGUAUUAGUGCUCCUGAAAUAUUCAAUUCUUUUGCUAGUCAUGCUGGCGGUUAUGAGAAAGUAGGUUUUGGACCGAAAAAUAUGUUAAAUCAGCUUGCGAAGCAAAGGCGGUCUUGUUACUCAGAUGGUAAGAAUGCAAUUGAGUAUCUAAGAUGGUUGGGAUUGAAUGAUUCGCUUAUGUUUCAGCGGCACACGGAGGAUGCUGAACAUGGACUUGAGAAUUUAUUUUGGUGUGAUGGAAUCAGUAGGAUGAAUUACAAAGUGUUUGGGGAUGUAGUAGCAUUUGAUGCAACGUACAAAAAGAACAAAUAUCGUCGUCAUGUGGUGAUCUUUUCUGGUGUUGACCAUCAUAACAGAACAAUUAUAUUUGCUAGUGCUAUAGUGUCGAAUGAAACCGAGCAAACCUAUGCAUGGUUAUUAGAGCAGUUUGUUGAAGCUAUGAGUGGGAAGCUACCAGGUGCUGUCAUAACUGACGGAGCAUUGGCAAUGCGAAAUGCUAUUAGAAGAGUCUUUCCGAAUGCCCACCAUCGACUGUGUGCAUGGCACUUGUUGAAAAUUGCUAACAAAAAGCUUGGCAAUCCAGAUUUUUUGAAAAUGUUUAAGAGCUGUAUGUUAAGUGAUUACGGUAUCGGUGAAUUCAAGCGAAGGUGGGCAGCAAUGGUCACAGACUUGGAGUUGGAGGAUCACCCUUGGGUUAGCGAAAUGUAUGACAAACGAGAAAUGUGGGCUGCAACUUACUUUCGGGGAAAGUUUUUUGCUGGUUUUCGGACGACAUCGCGGUGUGAGGGCUUUCAUUCUCAACUGUUGAAAUUUGUCCGUUCAAGGUACAAUUUAUCAGACUUUGUUCAACACUCCCAUCGAUGUCUCUGCUACAUGCGCUUCAAGGAAUUAGAAGCUGAUUUUGCUUCUGGUUAUGGAGAUAUUGUUUUACAGACUAAUUUUAGGAGUCUAGAAAGGUCAGCAUCAACAUUACUUACGAAGGAGGUUUUCAACUUGUUUGUACCUGUUAUUAGCCUUGCAUCAGAGAUGAUUGUGACAGAAUUUAGACGGCCAACAGGGGAUUCAAGAUACAAAGUGAUACAGUAUACCAAGGAAUCUAAGGCCUGGAAUGUGUACUAUGAGCCAACCACAUGUGACUUUAGAUGCUCUUGUGAGAAGUUAGAAACAUAUGGUCUUCCUUGCGAGCACAUAUUGGGUGUAUUUGUAUUCCUUCACAUCACUGAAUUGCCCAAUAGUGUAGUCUCAAAAAGAUGGACUAAAGGUGCAAAGGAUGGUUUUAACUUUACAGCAGGGGAUGGUGCUAUGUUAUGGGAUUCUGAAUUGAUUGCUAGGUACGUGUGUUUGGUAGAAUCAUGCAGGGAACUUUGUACAUUGGCUUCUAAGACUGCUGAAGAUUUCAACAAUGUGAACGGGAAAAUUGCGUCUGAAAAACAGAUGUUGAAAGACAAGGGUGUAACCGAACAAGAAGGCGAUAUUGGUAGCACCUCAAAUGGUCUAGGUGGUUUGAACAAUGGUGGACCUGUAAGGAGAGCCCGGGUUCGUACCACAUCAUCAGCUUCCGGUUUAACAACGAAACGUACAAUAAGAUGCACUGCUUGUAGGGUGGCGGGGCACAACAGAUUGACUUGCCCAUUGUUAAGGGACAUUGACAUUGGAAAUGACAGCGAGGAUAUGAAUGAAGACAUGGAUGAAGACGAUGUCAAUUUGUCUGCUGAACCUGAAUAUUUCAAUUAUGAGGGUGUUGACCAGGGUAUGUUUGUCAGUUUUCCAAUAUUCGGAUUGAUGAUCCAGGACUGUUAUGCUGCCCUUGGCUGCCAUAAUCAUGAACUUGCAAAGGCUGUUUGA